CGCUAGUUCGUCGAUCGGAACGCUUCCCGUACAUCCUUUCAGGCAACCCGUGUUUUCGGAAUCGUCCCGUGAUGCUGCGCUGAUCCACCGACAAGUGUUGCAUCGCGAUGUGGGUCAAGCUUUCCGUUUCGUACACCAACUAAACCUUACGUACCCGUAUCCGGUUCUGUUCGAAGCAAGGGAUGAUUCCUGCAAAUCCUCUGCAAAACUCGCACCGCUGACAGCUGUAGUUGUUUUUGUCUGUUUGGGCGGGGAGGCAGGUGGGGUGAUGUGUACGCCGCGAACGAUGCACCGAAGAAAACCCUUGGCUUCCGAGAAAAACAUUUUCCCCCUGUAUUUGUCGGUUACCACGCCCGUUGCCGUUGCUGUGCUUGCGGACAGCAGACAAUAAUUGCUGGUGGUGGAGGUGUCCCGUUUAGCCAAAGUGUUUAGCCGUACAUACCAACCACUACGGUCGGUGUGCUUGAUCGUAUAAUUCUGGCCUCAUUGCUCUCACUACGCGACCGUGUGCAUGAAGGCAGCAUAGCUGGACAAAAAAGAGCAGACUAAUCAAACUUCAAUCCUAAUCUCGCAGCCGCAGCAUUAUGUCGAACUACCGUCCCCGGGGAGCGAUAGCGAAAGUAUUUUUCGAUCGGCUACAUAACGACGAUGUUAUACAGCAGAUCGAUAUGACCACGUGGUAUACUAUGGGCAAACUGCCCCGAAAGUAUGGUAGCCUUUACCAUCACCUAAACGGUCCAGACGAGCUAACGCUCGAGUGGUUGGAACGGUCGAAGAAAACGUCCGGCCGGUUCUGGUUGCAGCUGUGCCACGAGGUAGCGAAACUGUUUCUCAACAUGUUCAUGACCCAGACCGACAUCAAUGGUUUCCUGAAGCGCGGAUCGAUGUUUAUACUUUCCGAAAUGCAGUUCGACCAGUUUCUCACGGCUGGUGGUUUUUUCCAGCAUCGCGAAAGGCAAUCAGCGCUUAGCGUAUGUGACAUCGGCGCUGGUGAUGGAGAGGUAACGUUACGCUUGGUGCACACGUUGCAGCAGAAACGCAACUGGCAGGUAACGACCUACGCCACAGAAUCCAGCUGGACGAUGAGGAACCGACUAAAUGAGAAGAAUUUCAUUGUGCUGGAGAAUUUAAACCAAAUUCAUCAAGCAGAUCUCAUCGUAUGUUUUAAUGUGCUUGAUCGAUGCUUCGAUCCCCACGUUAUGCUUAGUGAUAUUUACGAAUCGUUAGAUCAGACGGGAUUCGCAUUAAUAGCGCUGGUGUUGCCAUACAGUCACUAUGUGGAGAAAAAUUCCAGCCAUUUACCGUUAAGGACGUUGCUGGAACCGUGGCCACCAGAGAAGCGGCUCACGGUCGAGGAGGAACUGGAAAUGUUCUUCGACGUGCUGCAGGCGGUCGGAUUCAAGAUACGGACAUGGACCAAAGCGCCAUACCUGUGUGAAGGUGACCUGCGCCAGUCGUUCUACUGGCUAACGGAUUACGUUGUACUGUGUUCAAAAUAA